UCGCGCGCCGUCGCCGCCUUCUGUGCAGUCGAGGCCCUGGCGGACGGCGGCUGGCUGCUCCGCGGCGCUCGGCUGGCGGCAGCUGCACCGCGGGUUGCGCGGCCGGGGAUGCUCCAGCGGGCGCGAUGGCCCCCGCCAUGCAGCCGGCCGAGAUCCAGUUUGCCCAGCGGCUGGCGUCCAGCGAGAAGGGCAUUCGGGACCGGGCGGUGAAGAAGCUGCGCCAGUACAUCAGCGUGAAGACGCAGAGGGAGACAGGAGGUUUCAGUCAGGAAGAACUUCUAAAAAUCUGGAAGGGGCUCUUCUACUGCAUGUGGGUGCAGGAUGAACCCCUUCUACAGGAAGAGCUCGCCAACACCAUCGCACAGCUAGUCCAUGCUGUUAACAACUCAGCAGCUCAACACCUGUUCAUUCAGACCUUUUGGCAAACCAUGAAUCGAGAAUGGAAAGGAAUAGACAGGCUGCGCCUGGACAAAUACUAUAUGCUGAUUCGUCUGGUCCUGAGGCAGUCCUUUGAAGUCUUGAAGCGAAAUGGCUGGGAAGAAAGCCGAAUCAAGGUUUUCUUGGAUGUCCUGAUGAAGGAGAUCCUGUGUCCUGAGAGUCAGUCUCCUAAUGGAGUGAGAUUCCACUUCAUUGAUAUUUACCUGGAUGAACUCUCCAAAGUUGGGGGGAAGGAGCUUUUAGCAGAUCAGAAUCUCAAGUUUAUUGAUCCAUUCUGCAAGAUCGCUGCGAAGACUAAGGACCACACCCUGGUGCAGACCAUAGCUCGGGGCGUCUUCGAAGCUAUCGUAGAUCAGUCUCCUUUUGUGCCUGAGGAGACGAUGGAGGAACAGAAGACAAAAGUGGGCGAUGGUGACCUCUCUGCUGAGGAGAUACCUGAAAAUGAGGUGUCCAUGAGAAGAGCUGUCAGUAAAAAGAAGACAGCACUGGGCAAAAAUCAUUCCAGAAAAGAUGGACUCAGUGAUGAAAGAGGAAGAGAUGACUGCGGAACCUUUGAGGACACAGGACCCCUUCUCCAGUUUGACUAUAAGGCUGUUGCCGAUCGACUCCUGGAAAUGACCAGCAGGAAGAACACGCCCCCCUUCAACAGGAAGCGCCUCUCCAAACUCAUCAAGAAAUUCCAAGACCUCUCUGAAGGAAGCAGUAUAUCUCAACUGAGUUUUGCGGAGGACAUUUCUGCUGAUGAAGAUGACCAAAUCCUCCGUCAAGGAAAGCAUAAGAAGAAAGGAAAUAAACUUUUAGAGAAAACUAACUUGGAAAAGGAGAAAGGAAGCAGAGUGUUUUGUGCAGAGGAAGAGGACAGUGAAAGCAGUCUUCAAAAGAGAAGAAGGAAGAAGAAGAAGAAGCACCACCUGCAGCCUGAAAGUCCAGGCCCAGGGGAUGCAGCUCCGUCCCUGGAACAGAACAGGGGCAGGGAGUCUGAGGCCGCUGAGCCGAAAGCCCUGAAGGCACGUGUGGCCGAGCCAGGCACAGAGGCCACGUCCAGCACCGGGGAGGAGAGUGGCUCCGAGCAUCCUCCAGCCGUCCCCAUGCACAAUAAAAGGAAACGACCGCGGAAGAAGAGUCCAAGGGCCCACAGGGAAAUGUUGGCAUCAGCAGGGUUGCCCCCAGAGGACAUGUCUCAGAGUGGCCCCAGUGGCAGUCAUCCUCAGGGACCUAGAGGGUCCCCAACAGGUGGAGCCCAACUCCUAAAAAGGAAGCGGAAGCUUGGAGUUGUCCCUGUCAAUGGCAGUGGCCUGUCCACGCCUGCCUGGCCUCCACUGCAGCAGGGAGGCCCUCCCACAGGCCCCGCGGAGAGGGCGAACAGCCACACCACCCUGCCCCAGUGCAGGAGGCUGCAGAAGAAGAAGGCAGGGCCUGGCAGCCUGGAGCUCUGUGGCCUGUCCAGCCAGAAAACAGCAAGCUUGAAAAAGAGGAGGAAAAUGAGAGCGAUGUCAGACCUGGUAGAGCACAACGGGGCGCUGGAGUCCGAAGCCAGGCAAGCCCAGGCUCUGGGAAGCAGUGGGACUUUCAGUUCCCUGAAGAAGCAGAAGCUGAGGGCAGAAAGCGACUUUGUGAAGUUUGACACCCCCUUCUUACCAAAGCCCCUGUUCUUCAGAAGAGCCAAGAGCAGCCCUGCCACCCACCCCCCAGGCUCAGCCGUCCAGCUAAACAAGACACCGUCCAGCUCCAAGAAAGUCACCUUCGGGCUGAACAGAAACAUGACUGCAGAAUUCAAGAAGACAGACAAGAGUAUCUUGGUCAGUCCCACGGGCCCUUCCCGAGUGGCCUUCGACCCUGAACAGAGGCCCCUCCACGGGGUGCUGAAGACCCCCGCCAGCUCACCGGCCAGCUCGCCCCUGGUGGCCAAGAAGCCCCUGACCGCCACACCGAGGAGACGGCCCAGGGCUGUGGAUUUCUUCUGAGGGGCAGCAGAGUCCCUUGUAAAAGACUGCUUUUGUACAGAAUACGCUAUAAAUUAUACCUUUCCGAA